UAGUUGCCUCACUGUCCUCGAAGCGGGAGUAUUGAGCUUAGAGAAAGCACGUCCUAUCCCUUAAGCUCUUGCUAGCGUUCUUCGUCAAUCGAAUUCACGUCAUUUUGCAAUUUCGUGAAAAAAUGAAUUGCAAGUUUUUCUCCUAUAGCUUUAUGUGAUUCUGAUGACUCAGUCAAUAGUAAAAUUUAAAUAGUUGCAAUAGCUCGCAAGUGAAUGAUUCCGUUCAAGUGUUAACUGAAAUAUGUAUAAUUUGUUCAAUAAAAGAACAUUCUAAUAUUCUGAUUACGAUUGUUAACUUGUUCUGACUGAAUUGAAAAGUGAUAAAAAAUUACACAGUUCCAUAAAAAAAAAAUUAAUUUACUUUGAUAAAGUUUGAUACCUUACUCUUUUUUUUUGUAGUAAACUAACGGUUCUAAUUUCGGAAGUGGACUAAAAUAUUGUGAACAGAAAUUAUAAGACUUAAUACUUCUCAUUAUCAUAAUUAUACAUUUAAGUUCUUUUGUGUUUUUAUAAGCUAUUUAUUACUAUUUUCAAAGAAAUGAUCAUAAAAACGCUUCUAUAGCGCGUGUAAAAUACUGAACAGUCAUUCUUAAAUACUUAAUGUAUUUUUUUGUUUCAAUGGUUCUAAUCAAAGAACUGUUAAAUGUGAGAAAGACUAUUUGUCUAAUAAAAUAUGAAAAAUAAAAUUGUGAGUGCAAAUAAUAUCAGCUACUGAAUAUUUUAAUACUCAAAAGUUUCAUAAAAUUGAGAAAAAAUUAAAUAUAUUCAAUAUAUAUGAAACUUAUGUUUAAAAAACAAGUUGAGCAUACAACUAUAAUAAUAAUGAAAUAGUGAAUCGAAAACUAUACUCUUAAUUUUAACUUUGCGUUGAAAAUAACGAAAAAUGCUAUCAAGAUAAUAUGUAAGCAUGUGAUAAAUCUCGCGAAUUUCAAGCGAUGUCUGCCUCUCUUCCAAUGUUCGUCUACUUUAUUAUUUAUGUUGGUAGCACUGUAAAUUGUUUGCGAAACUUUCGGACGGAUUUCUUGGAAGAAUGGCCAACACCUGGAACAGGGCCACAUUUUGAUACUUCGAUGCCCUCUAAUUUUACCGGUCUUGUCGGUAACACUGUCAAUCUUGUAUGCAAAGUGAAGAACCUUGGAAACCGCACGGUAUCAUGGGUGAGACACCGAGAUAUCCAUUUGUUGACGGUUGGGCGAUAUACAUAUACAAGUGACCAGCGUUUUGAAGCUCAGCAUUAUCCGCAUACGGAGGAGUGGACUCUCAAAAUUCGAUAUCCUCAGCGAAAAGAUUCUGGUUUCUACGAAUGUCAAAUAUCUACUACUCCACCAAUUGGGCAUCCCGUAUAUCUGACCAUAGUUGAACCUGUCACUAUCAUAGUCGGCCAACCCGAUCUUUUUGUAAAUAAAGGAAGCACCAUUAAUUUGACUUGCCUCGUCAAAUAUGCUCCAGAUCCACCUCCCACGAUGACCUGGCGUCACAAUAGCGAGGAUAUCAAUUUUGAUUCACCACGGGGUGGUAUCAGUCUUGUCACGGAAAAAGGUCGAGAAACUUCGAGUCGGUUGAUGAUACAAUAUGCAAUGCCAAGCGAUUCAGGACUAUACACCUGUAAGCCGAGCAAUGCGAAUCCUGGUAGCAUAAGAGUGCAUGUGGUCAAAGACGAGCAUCCCGCUGCGAUGCAUCAUGGAAAUGGCAAUGACCAGAACAACGAGAUUAAAUCAAUGUAUUUAAUAUUUUUAUUUUUACUUAAUAUAAUACUAAUGUGAAAUUAAUUACCUAACCCGUAAAAAUUCAAAGGAAGUAACCAACAUCCAUUCGGGUGAAUUCAGCUAUUAUCGUUUACAUUAACUAUCACGACCAAUAAUAUUCCCAAUAUCAAUACACUAAAAUAAUCAGUAAAAAUAUAAGUAGUAUUAUAUGAAAGAUCAUUGUUAACUUUUAAUUCUCUCAAAUCACAUAAGUAUAAGAAAUGUAAAUAAUAUAAUUGUACAUACAUAUCAAUAAAUUCAAU